AUGCCUCGGGACAGAUCACGUUCGCGCUCGCGCUCCCCCACACCCAAGUUAUCCUUAAAGUCUCUGGGUGUAUCCGAAAUAUCCGAGUCGGAUUAUUUCAAGAAGAAUUCCGAAUUUAGGGCAUGGCUGCGAGAGGAGCGUGGCAAAUACUUCGACGAACUCUCAGGCGAGCGGCCAGGCAGGCAUUAA